AUGGAUGUCUUCAAGAAGGGCUUCUCCAUCGCCAAGGAGGGCGUGGUGGGCGCAGUGGAGAAAACCAAGCAGGGGGUGACGGAGGCUGCCGAGAAGACCAAGGAGGGGGUCAUGUAUGUGGGAGCCAAGACCAAGGAAAAUGUGGUGCAGAGCGUGACCUCAGUGGCCGAGAAAACCAAGGAGCAGGCCAACGCUGUGAGUGAGGCUGUGGUCUCCAGCGUCAAUACUGUGGCCACCAAGACCGUGGAGGAGGCAGAGAAGGUUGUGAUCACCACCGGGGUGGUGCGCAAGGAGGACUUGGACCAACCUGCCCCUAAACAGGAGGACCAGGCAGCCGAAGAGGAAGAAGUGGCUGAGGAGGCCAAGAGUGGCGGAAACUAAAAUGUUGCCAGAUGGCUGCAGAGUCCCCGAGGGACACCCCUCUGCCUUGAACCCCC